AUGUCCAAAAACAAGAAUUUGCUGGAGGAGGAUGAUGAUUCACUCGAUCAGGGAGAAUCUAGUAGUGGAAGUGGUGAUGAAAUGGAGGAAAAGAAAAAUAAAUUAAAAAAGCAACCCGAAAGUGAAGAGGAAGAGGACGAUGAUGAUGAAGACGAUGACGAUGAAGAAGAUGAGGACGACGACGAGGAAGAUGAUGAUGAUGAGGAUGAUGAUGAAGACGAUGAUGAUGAGGAAAGUGAAGAAGAGGAAGAAUACGAACCACAAUUAAAAUAUCAGAGACUGGCUGGUAGUUUGCCAAAAGAUAUUUUCGGUAUCGAAGGAAAUUAUGCCAGUGCCCUCGUGGUUGGUGAAAAGUUUCUUGCUUUGGGAACUCACUUGGGAUACUUGUACAUUUUGGAUUUUGAAGGAAAUAACAAUCAACAACAAAAAUUCAGACCACACGCAGAAACAAUCAACGAUCUUACAAUAGAUAGUACUGGUGAAUAUAUUGCAAGUUGCAGUAAUGAUGGUAAAGUGGUAGUGUACAAUAUUUAUUCUGCCCUUUAUGCCAAUAUGCAAAAUCCUACAGUUCAUAAAAAGAUCCUCGAUCCUAAUUCCGAUGCUAAUACAGUCAUAACAGGAAAUAGUAUGCUAACAAAUGUAGCCUCUUCUAUUUCAGGAGGGUCUGGAAAUGCACAGGAAGGUAAUUUAAUGGAAUUUUUCUUCAAUAGACCAAUGAAAUCUGUUGCUUUGGAUCCAUUAUAUUCUACAAGGAGUGACAAGUCUGUAAUUAGUGGUGGAAAAACUGGAAAAUUAACAAUGAAAAGGAAGGGUUGGUUUUCAUACAAGGAAUUAGUAAUACACAAAGAUGAAGGAGAAAUUCAUGCUGUGAGAUGGUUUGGAGAUUUUAUUGCUUGGGCCAAUGAUUUUGGUGUCAAGGUUUAUGAUAUUGUUUCUAAUCAGAAAAUUACAUAUAUUUCACGUUCUUCAUCAGCACCUAGACCAGACAUGUACAGACCUUGUCUGACUUGGUGUCAACCAGAUAGGUUUACAGUUGAUAACAAACAAUCUGACAAUAAGGAUUCCAAGAGCUUGGCUCAACUUUUAAUUGGUUGGGGUCAGAGUGUAACUUUAAUUGUAAUCAAGGAAAGAAGAAAUGCAAAGGAACAAAAAUCUCAAAGAUAUGUGGAAGUUUUGGCAAUGUUUGAGGUCGAGUUUUACAUUUCUGGUAUUGUUCCAUACUCAAAUGAAGACAGUCUUCUCAUAUUGGCAUAUGAUGAAGAUGAAGAAAGAGAUGAGGACAAUGCUAAUGAGAAGCCAAAGAAGAAAUUGGUUGCUCCAAGACCAGAAUUGAGAAUUAUGGACUUGAAAGGUGAAGAAAAAUCAUGUGAUGCUCUCUCUAUCAAGAAUUUCGAAAGUUACUUUGCUACUGACUAUAGAUUAGAAGCAUACACUUCUUCUGUUGCAACUCCAUACCGAAAUGAGCAAGAAGAAGUGUACUAUAUCCUUUCUCCAAGAGAUAUUGUUGCUGCUCGUCCAAGAGAUGAUGACGAUCACGUCAAAUGGCUCAUGCAAAAGAACAGAUACCUUGAUGCUAUCAAGUAUUGUGAGGCUAAUCAAUCCAAACUCAAGGAUAUUUCCAUGUUAGAUAUUGGCAAAAAGUAUUUGAGAUACCUGUUGGAAAACAAGCAAUACAAAGAAGCAGCUCAAAUGGUCCCGAAUGUGGCUGGUGUUGAUGAGAAUUUGUGGGAGGAAUGGAUUUAUUCCUUCAUUGAUUUGAAACAAUUCCAUGUUAUUAUUCCAUUCAUUCCUAUUAGCAAACCAAAGUUGAAGGAUGCUAUUUAUGAAAUGAAAUUGAAUUACUUCCUCCUUAACUCUCCUGACCUCUUCCUCAAGUGUAUCAAAGAAUGGCCACAAGAUUUGUAUAAUAUUCAAAAUAUUACAACUGUAACCUCUGAAAGAAUUUUGGUUCUCGAACAAGAAGCCAAAAUUGCCACUCUAGAAGGAAAAGAACAAGAAUCCAGAGAAGCCACCAGAAAGAUAUCCCUCUUACAAGAGUCUUUGGCAAACUUGUUCAUGUAUGAAAAGCACUAUGACAGAGCUCUUGAUAUUUACUUUAAGCUUAAAAGAUCAGACGUUUUCGAGUUUAUUCAAACCCACUCACUUUUUUCCUCCGUGCAAGAUAAAAUAUUGGACCUGAUAAGUUUUGAUGAAGAUAGAGCUUUGAGAUUGUGUGUUGAACAUCAUGAAAAUAUCAUGGUCGAGCAAAUCAUCAAACAACUGAAGAAUGAAAGAGUUCAACUCUUGAAAUACUUGGAUGGCUUAUUUUACCAUAAUGUACAGAAUUUCAAUCGUGACAGAUACCACAUUAUUCAAGUUGAGUUGUAUGCAGAAUUUGACUCAAAGAGACUUGUUUGGUUCUUGGAACAAAGUCAAUCCUACAAGAUUGAACAAGCUCUCAAGAUUUGUGAACAACAUUUAAAUAAGCCAGUACUCAAGUUUUUCGAAUACUUGUACAAGAGAGAUACUGUACCUGUAUCAGAAAAAACUGGCAGAAACGAAGAUCAAGAUGACUUGAUGGACGAUGAUGAAUCGAGCUAUACUAUUGCCACCGAGUUUGUUCAAUACGAAAAGAAGAAGAAUAUUAAUACCAAUGAUGAUGAUGCCUCUCUAGAAGAAAGAAACAAACAAUUGUACAAAGGAAUCGUUUAUUUAUUAGGAAGAAUGGGUAACACCAACGAAGCCCUGGCAUUGAUUAUUGACAAGCUUGAAGAUGUUACUUUAGCUAUUGAAUUUGUUGAAAAACAACCAGAUAGCGAAUUGUACCAAAAUUUACUCAAUAAGAGUUUAAAAAAGCCAAAAUUCAUUUCUGGACUUAUGGAUCACAUUUCUGAGCAUGGUUCGGAUUAUAUUGACCCAUCUGCUCUCGUAAGAAAGAUUCCAGAGCAAAUGGACAUUGAAGGACUCAAGAAGAAGUUAACAAGACUCAUUACUGAUUUUUCACAACAGAAAACACUUCAAGAAGGUUGUCAGGAAAUUCUCCAAGCCGAUCUUAAACAACAAAGUGCUCAAUUAUUCAAACAACAAAGAAAGGGUGUCAAAGUUAGAAUUGGUGGCAGAUGUGCUCUCUGUGGGCAAAGGCUUACAAUGACAAAGGAGGACAAUAUCAUGUUUAUGAGUGGUUUUUACUAUCAUUACAGAUGCUACUCUGAAGUGGUUGAUGUUGGUGCCAAUAAUAAGGAUCAAGAAUCUGACAGUGAAGGUACAUCUACUAGUAAUCCAUCUGAAUCCCAUAAGAAAUUGUACUGUGUCAUUACACAUUCUAGAGAAAAGAAAAACACAAGGAGAAGGUAGUUUUAAAUUAUUACAAACAAUUAAGUUAUUACAAUUCUGUAUUCCCAAACCUCAAUAAAGAAGUUAUAUU